GUUCAAUAAACAGUUGGUGGCCAGACCACGAUAAUGUACAGUUCUCGGCGCGUGCACGUGUUUAUUCCUGUGACUAUAUUUUUAUGUCAGUUGUUAGCAUACACGUCUGCUGACAUCGCAUAUAUCCAUGUCUCCGAACAGAGUAUCACAGAAAGCAGAGGCUGUCGUCUUCCAAGAAGAGUCGGUGUGUCCGUACGUCUGGACAACGAAACUGUGUCUCUCGAACUGACCCGAAACGAUGACGUCGAUUCCAAUGCUCCACUGUUUGUGUUCAGAGAGGUCGGGACGGAGAAGAGGAAAACGGUCGUCAAGGAACUGCUGAUUGAUAACCAGCGUGAAGCCCAGUUUCAAGACGAGUCACGUGAUGCGGCGAUGACCGUGUCUUGUUUCGGUGAAGACAACAACCGACAUCUUCAGUUGAGAGGGAUUUUAUCUUUACACGGCAAGGAGUAUACGCUGGAACCCAAAUCACGUGACCGUAGAGGGACACCACGUGAUGAAGAAGAAUACAUUGUUGAAAAUCAGCCGGUUGUUCCUAUCGGAGAUGAUUACGUAGAAGCACCUCCAUUUGAAGAAAUUAUUUCAAAUACUGUUACAAAGUCCGACUAUGAAGACAUACUUCUGUUAAAUCCUUCCACACAUGCACGGCAGAAACGAGAGACAACAGAGUACUAUAUCGAUGUCCUAACUGUUAUUGACUACUCAAUUUACCAAAGACACUAUAAUCGCACAGAUUCAUCGUUAGCUGCGGACACAAGAAGAGUCCAUGCACUUCAAGACAUUCGGGAAUAUUUCGCCUACGUCAUGAACGGGGUAAACCUUCGAUACAAGAGUAUAACUGGCUUGGAUGAAUGUCUGGUCAUUAGACUGACAGGUUACGUCGUAGCAGAGGCUCGUGAUCAAGCUUCCUGGACAGAAAACAGUGUUCUUAUGACGUCAUCAGGCGGUGAGGUGAAUUCUCUUACAGCGCUGCAGGAAUUGGAAGCCUGGGUUGCUAACACGUCACUGCCUGACAAUGAUCACGUGAUGCUGUUUACAAGGUAUGAUUUGUUCCGGAUUAUUGCUGAUGGGAGUAAAGCAAGAACCAGAGUUGGAAUUGCAUACAUGUCAACAAUGUGCAAACCGUUAGGACAAAGCACUUCGGUAAUCGAGGAUGACGGAGGAUUUCAGCUGAUACCGACUGCGGCUCACGAACUUGGACACAGUUUGGGAUCUGAACACGAUGGUGAUAACAACACAUGCACAGGAGAAGACCAAUACAUUAUGGCUGCUACUAGCAGGCUUAGAACAGAUCCUGACAUGACCAACCCCUGGCUGUUCUCGUCCUGCUCAGUUUCGUACUUCAAGAAUCUGUUGGCAUCACUAAUGAAAACUGACUAUGGAGUAAAGUGUUUGACACAGAAGGUAACAACAGCGAAUGUCCCUCUAGUCUAUGACCUGCCAGGACAGAUUUACAGCCUUGAUGAUCAGUGUAAAAGGAUACGCGGUCCAGAAUCAAAACUCUGUCAGGGCUACUGUUCAUCCUAUGACAGUAUUGAAGCAGGUGAUACCAGCCUGGCCAGGGAAGUUGUUGCAAAGUCUGAUGUGAUGGGUGUUUUUUUCCCAUCCAACAUUCGGACCGAUGUGUUCAUACAGCCAACAACAUACAACAAUGAUAUCAAUGAGAAAACAAAUCUUACGUUAAAAAAUGGUAUCAAUGGAAUAUGUUAUUCCAUGUACUGCCGGCUUCCAGAGAAACCCACUUCAUGUUCUAAGCAUGACGCGGCUAGAGGGACAACGUGUGGUGAUAACAAGUGGUGUAUAAAUGGCCUGUGUGUGUAUUCUCCAGAUGCACCCAGUAUUGAUGAAACGUGUCCGUUUGGUGACGAGCCCGGAAUAGUGUUUUCUAAUAAGACUUGUGAAACCUUUGUUACCAAUGAACCAACUUACUGCUACCAAGAAGUCGUUCGCCGCCGCUGCUGCAAAUCGUGUGGUCUUCAAAACACAGGCGUACCAGACUGCCUGUAUGGAGACAAAUUCACUGGCUGCAAGGAACAAUACUGCGAUCGACUCACCACCGAUGGAGCACGGUAUGAUGUUGGUUGCUGUGGAACGUGUGGACUGGCAACAUUAACAACAACUGUGGCACCAACAACUGUGGCACCAACAACUGUGGCACCAACAACUCCGGGCACGUGCUCUGAUCACGUGACAGUCACGUUCAAUGGGAGAUCGUGUUCAGAAGUUGUUGCAGAGUCAGCGUCCAACUGCUACAUGGACUCUGUCAUAACGUAUUGCUGUGGUUCAUGUGCACAAAUUUCCACUGGAACACCCGGUUGUGAAUAUGGUGAUAAAGCUGGACCCUGUAGUGUGGACAACUGUGCCUCCACAGAGUCAGAUGGAUCUAAUUACUACGUCCGUUGUUGUGAUACAUGCAACUACACAGUGGCAACAACUCCAACCCCCUACUACAAACUACACCUCCAACUACUUACUACAAGUGUUAACUACUUACAACUCCAAUACUACAACACCUCUACUACUACACAACAACACAACACCAAACUACUACAACACUAA